UUAUAUUAGUGCAGAACACUGUACCUUUAAUUUAAAUGCCCUUGGAGUCUGCUGGGGAAGAGAAAUAAUACUGUCAGUCAGUAUGACAUGCAGAUGAGUGCCGUCGAUCUUAGAAUCACCGCACACUUCACUCAUUUGGGCAGUCACGGGGCCAAAACCAGAGUGUGGAGCCACAGUGUGGCGGUGGAGGCAGCAGCAAUGGGAGGCCAUACAGCACCCUAUUACAAAAUGGAACCCACCAGCAGUGUGAGGAGACCUGAAAGUGGCACAUGGCAGAGUGUGGCGAUGGAGACAGCAGCAAUGGGAGGCCGUACAGGGACCCAUGACACACUCUGGACCUGGCAGCAGCAUGAGGAGGCGGUACAGGGGCCCAUGACAGAUUACGGGCCUGGCAGCAGCAUGAGGAGGCGGUACAGGGGCCCAUGGCAGAGGAUGGAUCUGGCAGCAGUAUGAGAAGGCGGUACAGGGGCCCGU